UCCUAAAACCCUUUCCCGUUUCAUACUCCUAAUCCUUCUCUGCCCCGUCGCCACAGCCCUCUACUCUCAUUUCUCCGACGACCUCGCGCCGCCGCUUCCGGCCGUACAAAGUUCUCUCUUCCGCAAAUUCUUCCAGUCUCUCCUCUCAGGUCUCAGCGUAAAUAUGGCUGGAAGAGGGGGAUGGGGAAGAGGAGGGGGCUUUCAAAGAUAUGUACCACCAGUGCCAUUUGUACUUUUUCCUGAGGAUAUUAAUUUGCCUGAUGCUAAACCCGCCGAAAUUGAUCGUUAUACGAUGAAGUUGCUUAAAUGGGACAAUCAAUUUAAUUCUUAUUUUAAAGCGGCUGCUUAUUAUUUGGAGGAGAAGGAAGAAGUAAAGGGGCGCAAAAGGAUGCACGUGGAAACAUAUUCUGACAAGAAGAAGAAGAAAAAUUUUACUCGUGAUUCUCUGUCACAGGUUUUACAUUUCGAAGGAUUUGCUAAGGAGUUGAUUCCAGGCAAGAAGAUGUGGCGGAGUCGGAAAAAAAUGCGAUGGAACCCAGAAGCUGAUAUGACACAAAAGAAAUUCUUUGAAGAACUGGAGAAAAAGCUCAAGAAGGAAGAGGGUAAACAUAAAGGCGAAGAAGAAGGAGAAGAAGAAAGUGAAGACGAAGAUGAAAAUGAAGAGGAGGAUCAGGAGUCCGAGGGAGAUUUUAAUGAUGGUGACUAUAAUCAGAAUGAUUAUGUUGAUGAUGAUGAAGACGAUUAUAAUGAUGUUGAACCUGGUUAUGAUGAAGAUAUCAUGUAAGCUAUCUAUAUGGAGAAUGAUUGUUUACUCAUCCUUGUUUCAAGGCCUUUAAUUGACGCUAUAUUGGCUUGUUUAAUUUAAUUAUUACAUCGGUGUCUACUUUUUUUGUACAUCCUUUGUUUAACUUGAUGCUUGACCAGAAGAAAUGUAGUUUAUUGAGUAGUUGAAUAUGUAAAUCUUGGGUUGGUUGAUUGAUGUAAAAAUUCUUGGGUUAGUUUUUACUUUGGACCGCUUGCUGAUAAUAUCUUAUUUUCAUCAUGCAUCCAAGGAAUUGGGUUUGGUUUCUUGCCUUUCCACAUUUCCUGCAAUAUGACACUACUUGGUUUUGAAUCAACGGAAUCUAAUGUGUUGGUUUGUGCAUGGUUAACUGGACCAAAGAAACCAACCCACUUUGUGGUUC